AUGCAAGGCUACAGGAGACGGCUGGGUCCUUACCAAGUCCUUCGUUGCUUUUUUCGAUGGCGGAUCUGGGUUGGUAUGCUUGUCGAGAGCGUCGUGUUGGCAGCAAAUGAUUAUGGCGCAGUUGAGGUGUGCUUAUGUGCAGCGUGUGCAGGAUUCAUGCUGUUAUCUUGGGGAUUCAUCAUGUUCCACGAUGCUUCACACUUUGCCGUAACAGGCCCAGCGUUUGAUUCGAUCCUAUCAAACAUUUGGAACGCAUGCGCCUUCUGGGACCAUAUAGAGUGGCGUGUGCAUCAUGUAAUAUUUCACCACAGCUUCACAGGAUACCCUGCACUGGAUCCAGAUAUGCACCAUGGUAGCCCCGUAAUGCGCACACAUGAGGCCCUCCCAAAGUAUGGAGCUGGCAGCGCCUACAUGUUGCUGGGGCCUCCGUUCUGGCAGUUCUUCGGGAUGCUUCUUGUUCCAGGCAUGUAUUUUGGACAGAUCAUCCAGUACAAUUGGAUGAAGGCGCUGCCUCAAUCCAGUCGUCAGCUCUGGACUUUAGACAUGAGCAAGAUCGAGUUCGACAACACUUGGUCCUUCGUAUCGUUAUGGGUGGUGUUGUGGUUCUCCGCGCUUGCCAUCAAAGGAUCGUUAUUCGUGGCAGUGGCAGCUGUUAGUGCUUAUUUCCUCGCAGCAAACGUCACUUACAGCAUUAACAUCUUCGCGGAUCAUGAUGCGCACAUUACGGAUGAGGCAUCAACGGCACAUGCCAAGCAUUGCGAUUUGAAGAAGAAAAAACCAGAUUGGGGUGAGACUCAAGUUGUUGGCUCAGCUAAUUGGGGCGGCCCGAUGUGGUCUUUUGUGUUCGGUGGCAUCAACAUGCAGAUCGAGCAUCAUCUGUUCCCCAGAAUCAGCCACAAGCACUUUCACACCAUUGCGCCAAUCGUACGUGCAACGUGUCAGGAGUUCAAUGUCGAGUACAACCACUUUCCCACCUGGUGGGCAGCAGUUUCAUCUGUAUGGAAACAGGUUUGCAGCGUUCACAGCGCAUGCGCUAGGGCAGAUGCGGACGCUGCCGUCAAAGACGCGGCCCGCGUGUCCAAGUAG